AACGGAGUUGCUUCAAAAGAUCUGAGAAAAAAGAGGGAGAAAGUGAAAGAGCAAAAAUGGGGAGAAUGGAUUACUUGAAAAUGAGUACUGAUGAUGUAAAAGCUGAUGAUUUGAUCCAGUCUGAUAUCAAUGAGCUCAAAAUUGCUGCAAAACGACUCAUCAAUGAUGCUACUAGACUUGGUGGCCUUGGUUUCGGCACUUCUUUUCUCAAAUGGGUCGCUUCUUUUGCUGCCAUAUAUUUGCUGAUAUUGGAUCGGACAAAUUGGAGGACUAACAUGCUGACUUCGCUUUUAGUCCCCUAUAUUUUCUUUAGUCUUCCUUCAGUAAUAUUCAACUUCCUGAGAGGUGAGGUGGGGAAAUGGAUAGCAUUUAUUGCAGUGGUGCUUCGGCUUUUCUUUCCUAGACACUUCCCUGAUUGGCUGGAGAUGCCAGGAUCAUUGAUUCUGCUUCUGGUUGUGGCUCCUAACUUCUUUGCACACACAUUGAAAGACCACUGGGUUGGUGUUGUCAUAUGCCUCUUAAUCGGUUGUUACCUACUGCAAGAGCACAUCCGGGCAUCUGGCGGAUUCAGAAACUCCUUUACACAGUCUCAUGGAAUAUCAAAUACCAUUGGUAUUAUUCUGCUCAUAGUUUACCCAGUGUGGGCACUGGUGCUUCACUUCAUCUAAGCAAUAAUGGUGAUAAGACUUUUGGAUUGGAUUACUGAACUGUUGCUAUCAGACUUGAUCAAUCAUUUCAUGUAUUGUGUCUAAAUUUAUUUGUUGUUUAUGUCCAAGAUGUGAGAACUCUGAUCCAUUAUUGUCAAUGAUAACUAUGAUUAAUUAUUUUGAAUGGAUCAAGCAUUUUUUUAUUUGAAGCCA